UCCUGGUCUCUGCUGCCAUGACGCUUGCCAUCUUCUUCGGGUGCACCUUCAUCGCCUUCGGGCCGGCGCUCGGCCUCUUUCUCUUCACCAUCGCCCGCGACCCGCUCCGCAUCAUCAUUCUUAUCGCUGGGGCUUUCUUCUGGCUGGCAUCAAUGCUGCUCUCCGCCCUCAUCUGGUUUAUCACUGUUAAAGCCAGCAACCCCCAGGAUGAGCUGUUGCAGAAGGGGCUCUUGAUAUUUGGGGUGAUGUUCUCUGUGCUGCUGCAGGAGGCCUUCCGCUUCCUCUACUACAAGCUCCUCAGGUAAGGGCAU